AUGUCCGCCGAGCAGGUGAGCGGCCUCUGCGAGCAGCUGGUGAAGGCGGUGACCGUCAUCAUGGACCCGGCGUCCACGCAGCGGUACCGCCUGGAGGCCCUCAAGUUCUGCGAGGAGUUCAAGGAGAAGUGCCCCAUCUGCGUGCCCUGCGGGCUGAAGCUGGCGGAGAAGACGCAGACGGCCAUCGUCCGGCACUUCGGCCUGCAGAUCCUGGAGCAUGUGGUCAAGUACCGCUGGAACAAUAUGCCUCGCCUAGAAAAAGUUUAUCUAAAGAACAAUGUUAUGGGCCUCAUAUCCAGUGGAACUCAAAGUAUCCUGGAGGAGGAAAGUCACAUUAAGGACGUACUGUCUCGCAUUGUCGUGGAGAUGAUCAAGCGGGAAUGGCCUCAGCACUGGCCUGACAUGCUAAAGGAGUUGGAUACCCUCUCCAAGCAAGGGGAAACUCAGACAGAACUGGUGAUGUUCAUCCUCCUACGUUUGGCAGAGGAUGUGGUGACUUUUCAAACUCUGCCUACUCAGCGGCGACGAGAUAUCCAGCAAACCCUCACCCAGAACAUGGAAAAGAUCUUCAGCUUCCUACUAACUGCCCUGCAGCAGAACGUCAACAAGUACAGAUGCAUGGUUGGAGCACCCCAGGAACAAGAAGUCCUUACCACUCCACAGAAGACUGAUUUGGCUCAGGAACCAAAGGCUCAGGCAAACUGUCGUGUGGGGAUAGCGGCACUCAACACUUUGGCUGGCUACAUUGACUGGGUAGCCCUAAGCCAUAUUACAGCAGACAACUGCAAGCUCUUGGAGAUGUUGUGUCUCCUCCUAAAUGAGCCUGAACUUCAAGUUGGAGCAGCAGAGUGUCUCCUGAUUGCUGUCAGCAGGAAAGGUAAGCUGGAGGACCGGAAGCCUCUGAUGGUCUUGUUUGGAGACGUUGCCAUGCACUGCAUCCUCUCUGCUGCCCAGACAGCAGAUGGAGAAGGCCUGGUGGAGAAGCACUAUGUGUUCUUGAAGAGACUUUGCCAAGUUUUGUGCGCAUUGGGCAGCCAGCUAUGUGCGUUGCUAGGCUCAGAUUGUGAUGUGGAAACGCCAGCCAACUUUGGAAAAUACCUUGAGUCAUUUUUAGCCUUCACAACCCAUCCCAGCCAGUUUCUGCGCUCUUCUACCCAGAUCACAUGGGGAGCCCUCUUUCGGCAUGAAGUUCUGUCUCAUGACCCUUUGUUACUGGCUGUUGUUCCCAAGUAUCUCCGUGCGUCUAUGACCAACCUAGUGAAGGUGGGCUUUCCUUCCAAAGCAGACAGCCCCAGCUGUGAAUACUCCCGUUUUGAUUUUGACAGUGACGAGGAUUUCAAUGCCUUCUUCAACUCUUUCCGAGCCCAGCAAGGAGAAGUGAUGAGAAUGGCUUGUCGUCUGGACCCUCUAACUGGCUUCCAAAUGGCUGGUGAAUGGCUGAAGUACCAGCUCACAGCUCCUGUUGAUACUGGACCCAUGAACUCUAAGACAGGCGAAGGUCUCUGCUCCAUCUUCUCUCCAUCCUUUGUGCAGUGGGAUGCCAUGACCUUCUUCUCGGAGAGUGUCAUCAGCCAGAUGUUUCGAACCAUGGAUAAAGAUGAAAUCCCAGUGAAUGAUGGCAUAGAUCUGCUGCAGCUUGUCCUUAAUUUUGAAACAAAAGAUCCUCUCAUCCUGUCCUGUGUGCUCACCAAUGUCUCUGCUCUCUUUCCAUUUGUUACUUACCGACCAGAAUACCUCCCACAAGUACUUUCCAAGCUAUUUGCUUCAGUUACCUUUGAAGUUGUAGAAGAAAGUAAGUUUGUUGUGUCUGUCCAGGCUCCUAGAACUCGAGCAGUGAAGAAUGUGAGAAGGCAUGCGUGUUCCUCAAUCAUAAAGAUGUGCCGGGAUUACCCUCAGCUUGUCCUGCCAAACUUUGAGAUGUUGUACAACCACGUGAAACAGCUGCUGUCAAAUGAGCUACUUCUGACGCAGAUGGAGAAGUGUGCUCUUAUGGAGGCCCUGGUCCUCAUCAGCAAUCAGUUUAAGGACUAUGAGCGACAGAAGGCUUUCCUGGAGGAGCUCAUGGCUCCUGUGGCUGGCUUAUGGCUCUCCCCAGAGAUGCAGAGAGUCCUCUCAGAUCCUGAAGCCUUUAUAUCCUACGUGGGUGCAGACAACAAAAUUGCUGAUCCGGUUUUGGAAGAUCCUAGUGGCCUGAACCGGUCUAGAAUAAGCUUUUGCGUGUACACCAUUCUCGGAGUUGUGAAACGAGCUCGUUGGCCUGCUGCUACUGAAGAGGCAAAAGCUGGAGGAUUCUUUUUGGGAUACCUGCCCAGUGGAACUCCAAUGUACCGUAAUCCCUGCACCGAGCAGGUCCUGAAGCUUUUUGACAAUUUACUUGCACUCAUAAGGACUCACAACAACCUCUACAUGCCAGAGAUGGUGGCUAGGCUGGGGGAUACGUUUGCAAAAGCCUUGGACAUGCUGGAGGUGGAGAAGAAUGCUAUUCUAGGUCUUCCUCAGCCUUUGUUGGAACUUUAUGACUCUCCUGUUUACAAAACAGUCUUAGAAAGGAUGCAGGGCUUCUUUUGUACCCUCUACGACAACUGUUUUCACAUCCUGGGAAAUGCAGGCCCCUCCAUGCAACAGGAUUUCUACACUGUUGAGGGUCUUGCUACCCAGCUCCUCAGCUCUGCUUUCAACAACCUCAACAACAUUCCUGAUUACAGACUGCGUCCCAUGCUCCGUGUGUUUGUGAAGCCCUUGGUACUUUCCUGCCCCUCAGAAUACUAUGAAACCCUCGUCUGCCCCAUGCUGGGACCACUCUUUACCUAUCUGCACAUGAGGUUGUCCCAGAAAUGGCAGGUGAUCAACCAGCGAAGCAUGCUCUGUGAGGAUGAUGCUGCAGAUGACAACCCCGAGUCUCAGGAGAUGCUUGAGGAACAGCUGGUCAGGCUGCUGACUCGAGAAGUCAUGGAUCUCGCCACUGUUUGCUGUGUUUCUAAGAAAGGUGUUGAACAGAACACUACUGCUGCUGUAGAUGGAGAUGAUGAUGAGGCGAUGGCCACAGAGGUGACUCCCCCUGCCAAUGCAGAGCUCACCGAGCUCGGCAAGUGUCUGAUGAAGCAAGAGGAUGUUUGCACUGCAGUGCUGAUCACUGCCUACACAUCCUUAUCCUGGAAGGACACCCUGUCCUGCCAAAGAACCACAACACAGCUUUGCUGGCCACUGCUCAAACAGGUGCUUCCAGGAAACCUCCUUCCCGAUGCUGUGUCCUGGUUUUUCACAAGUGUGCUGAAGGGCUUACAGGUACAUGGGCAGCACGAUGGGUGCAUGGCAGCUCUUGUCCACCUGGCUUUCCAGAUCUACGAGGCCUUGCGGCCUCGCUAUGGUGAGCUGAAGGCAGUGAUGGAGCAGAUCCCAGACAUCCAGCUGGACUCUUUGGAGCAGUUUGAUUCAAAGCUUCUCAACCCAACACUACAGAAAGUGGCAGACAAGCGCCGGAAGGAUCACUUCAAGCGCCUCAUCUCAGGUUGCAUUGGGAAGCCCAUUGGGGAGCAGUUCCGCAAGGAGGUUCAUAUCCGGAACCUUCCAUCUCUCUUCAAAAAGGUGAAGCCAUCAUUGGAGACAGAUGUGCUAGAAAACGAGGACGGAGAGGGCUUCAAUGUACUCUUUGAACCCUAAGCCUGGGAUGCUGCAACCAUCUCCUCCCCUACCUUAUAAUUUGUCUCUCCUCAUAGUAAGCACAUUAGAUUCUCCUUGUCACCGCCUCCACAAGCAUUCAUCUGAAUAAAGCCCCUUACGGGUCCUGUCCCCUUCUCUUCCAUACACUGGGAUGGGGCCUGCGGUGGCAUUUGAGCCAGUCAAUAUUAAGCUCUUCCCCUGACUCCUUCCCCUCCACUGGAUGAGCAUCUUUAGACCUCUAUUUCUCUGGAAGGUGGGAGCUGAGUCCAUAGACCUCAUUAGGGUAAAGCUUGAUCAUCUUGUAGCCUCGGGUCACUCUUGCUCCACCUCUUUAUCCCUUGGGGUUUAGGGUUAAUGCAAAAGGCA